AUGCUUGCUUCAAAAUUACUUUAUGGUGCUGAAAAGUAUGGAUUGGAUAAGCUGAAAAAGAUUUGUGUCGACUCUAUGGUCGAGAAUUUGUCUGUUGAAAAUGCUUUGGAAUAUUUUGUCUUAGCUGAUAGAUACAAUGCAACUUAUAUGUUGGAAAUGGCAGCUUUAUUCAUCAAAAAACAUCAUAGCGAUUUAAGCAACGACAACGAGAUUUGGAUUAAGUUAAGUUCAAAUUCAAAGAGGAAGGAUGUGUGCUUCAGCACUUUAUAG